AUGUCCAACUUGGAUAUCGACAUGCAAUCCCUCCAGUCCCUCCGGUCUCAGUUUGCGCGAGCAUUGACAGACUUUGCCUCGUCCUCUUCCAGCACAUUCAAGGUCCUACGCUCUGUGCCCUCGUCAUCACCACCGAGCUCCUCACCAAUUCGAACGCUUUACGUGCUGGACUCUUCCUUCAACCCACCGUCCAAAGCACAUCUAGCCCUCGUCAAGAACGCACUGAAGACGACAGAAUUUCUCUCAACGUCCUCGGCCCAGUCUGGAACUUCUUCUUCUGCUUCCAAGCCUGCCCUCGGGACCAGUUUUUCCGAGUCUCGAGUUUUGUUCCUUUUGGCGACGGUCAAUGCCGACAAGACACCCGAGCCGGCCGACUUCCCUGACCGUCUGGUCAUGAUGACCCUGAUGGCCGAGGAAUUGCGGUCUGCCUUUUCAACAGACCCGCCGGUGGUCGACGUAGGGAUCACCAAGAAACCUUACUUUGUCGACAAGGCCGCUUCCAUUGACGAUUCGGGCGUCUACACGACGGCAAACCAGGAGGACCAGGAGCAUUUCGAACAGAUCCACCUCACGGGAUUCGACACGCUCAUACGCAUCUUCACGGCCAAGUACUACCCCGACCACAAGCCUCCGUUGUCCGCACUGGCGCCGUUUCUCACUCGGCACCGCGUCAGAGCCACGGUCCGCGUGGACAAAGAUAGCCCUUCGAAGAAUCUCAGGGACACAACAACAACAACGAGCAACGGCAAUAGCAAAAACGAUUUGUCGAGCAUCGAUGGCCAGCUAGCUUACCUGAAAGGGAUUGCGAAUGGGGAUAUGGAGGACGAUGGGUUGAAGAGGGAAUGGGCGAGUAGAGUUGACCUCGUGGUCGACGAAACUGGCGAAACCGAAGGCGUGAGUUCGACUAGAAUUCGAAAUGCUGCGAGAAAAGGUAACUGGUCCGAUGUCGAUGAGUUGGUUGGGAAUGGUGUCGGACAUUGGAUACGAGAGAACAAGCUUUAUACAUGAUGUUGAUACACACACUACAGAAUAGAACUUUCGACGAC